UUAGAUGCAAAAACUGAAAGCAAAAGUUGGCGUGAUCCACAACCUCUUCUGGUUGUUGUGGAGGAACAAAGGGAGGGAAAAAAGCAUUCAUUGGAACAAAUGAAGAAACAUCACAAAUGAUUAUUUCAAGACAACUCUGCUUACCUUACAGAGCCUGACAUCAUCAACAGACAAGGAUCAUGGGAUGUACCUCCAGUGUCUCAGUGCCAGAGAGAAGGAUUGUCCUACUCGGCAAAUCAGGAGAUGGCAAAAGCAGUGCUGGGAAUACAAUUCUUAGAGAAAACAUAUUCACAACUAAAGCUUCAGCUUCGAAUGCUAGAGUUGACUAUCAAAGAGGAGAGAGGAAGGUUUAUGGAAAAAAGAUCACAGUUAUCGACACACCUGGAGUGUUUGAUGCAGAUCGUGAUGAGGAGACGACAAAAUCUGAGAUUGUUAAAUCUCUGAUUGAAUGCGCUCCAGCAGUUGAUGCCGUUAUCAUCGUUCUUAAGGUCGGAAGAUACACGAAACAUGAAAAUGAGGUGGUACAAAACCUCCUGAACACACUGAAAGAUAAACGUGUCUUGAAACACACAGUGAUCUUAUUAACUCAUGGUGAACAACUGGAGGGCAAAGCCAUUGAAGAGUUUAUGAAGGGCUGUUCAGAGCUACAGGUACUUGUUGCUAAAUGUGGAGGUCGCUGUCACGUCAUCGACAACAAAUACUGGAAUAAGCAUAAGCGGGGGGAAAAGAGCAACCGAGUUCAGGUAAAAAAACUGCUGGAAACCAUCGAGGAGUUGGUGAAAGAAAAUGGCUGCUACACCAAUCAGCUGCUUCAAAAAGUGGAGGAACAGAUUCAAGAGGAAGUGAAGAAUAUGACAGAAGAUAAUGUGCAUCCAGGAGUGCAACAAGAAAAAGCUAAGAAAAUUGUUCACAACAAAAUUAUGAAAGGGCUUUUAGGAGGAGUAGCAGGUGCCCUGUGCAGCAUUAGUGUUUUAAUACCUUCACUUCUGUCUUUCUUAAAUCUAUAUUCAUCUCUAAAUGCAACAUUGGCAGCAGCAGGUUUAGGAGCCACUGGUCUCGCUGCUGGUGUUUUUGGAGUUGUAGGUGUUGUUGGUGGUGUUCUUGGAGCAUUCACUGGAUGGAGAGUAACACAAGAAUCUGAAUCUGGGACUGAUGCAAUAGCAAAUGCAUCAAUGAAUGCAUGAGGGACUGGAGGAUUUAUGAUGAAGAAGGCAGUAGAAGUGUCUGGUCUUACUAGCCACAGUGGCAAACUUACAUUGGGUGAAAGAAAACAUUUAAUCAAUAUCAAGCGUCUAAUAUGACUUAUCUCAUUUUUUCUCACAUUAUAAAUAAAUACAUAUGUAAAAUUAAUGUGUAUGACCAAACACCAUGACAAAAACAGCUGAAAAAACAGACUGUAAUAUAUAACAUGUAGAUGCAUAUUUUACAUUUUUCACUGUACACCUGCUUGUUUAAUCUUAAAGGAUCUAUAUAUAAGAAUUUCCGUGUAUUAAUCGUUUUUUAUUGCCAGUUUGUAACGAAAAUUGUACUAUAUGUGUGCUCCCGAGAGCCCUUCUUGCAUAUGUUUUUGACAUAUGAAAUGAACGCUUAUUAUGUUCAGUAUAAUGCCAGAAUAGCCAUUCUGUGUUGUAAUGUCAAUAUGUGAUGCAAAGAAAGGGAUUCAUUCAAACUAUAGUCUCACACAGCCAGAUCUAUGUAAUAAUUUUCAUCGAAAAUAUUGUCAUCUGCAGAAUUUAUCUGAAAGUGUCUUUUUCUUCAAUUCUUCAAAAUGCCAAUUUUCAAACCAGCUAAGAUAUUGUUAACAUUUGUAACAUAUAAGCUCAAGAAAAAUUAUCAUGAAAUACAUGCAUGGUUAUAGUAAGAGCAA